AUGCCGGUCGGGGGUCAGCGACGAUUAACAACAACGAUUUUAUCGUCUUUGUGUUUAUUAAUACCAAAAAUGUGUUUGAAACCUCCAAUUUGUGAACCAGAUUUUAGUUUAUAUUCAGAUUUUAUAAAUGUUGACUCAAUACCUUCAGAACUAAAACUGUGGAAAAGAAAAUGGAUCGCAUACAAAGAUAUAGAUCGUCCACAUGCAGCUGUAGAAUCAUUAAAUUAUUGUAAUCCUGAACUUUUUCCAAAUAUUCAUUUUCUAUUAAAAGUACUAGCUACACUACCGGUUUCUACAGCAACUCCCGAUCGAACUUUUUCGACAUUAAAACGCGUCAAGACAUUUUUACGGAACUCUACAGGACAAGAAAGACUAACUGGCCUAGCUCUAUUAAGUGUCCAUAGAGAUGUUACGGUUAAUCCCGAAGAAGUGUUAAACCGGUUUGCUCUACAAUAA